AUGGUUGCCCCGGAAUUGCGCCAGCAGGUCAUCAACGUGUACAAAGGCAUGUCGCAGAAGCUCACUGAAAAUGGUGAAGAGCUUCUAUGGCUAGGACGCGAAUAUCCGCUGGGCUACAAAUAUUUUCGAGAUCGGCUCCAUCGUGCCUUUGCGGGCCAAGCUCAUCUUCAGGACGAAGAGCAGAUCCGCAAGGGGAUUGCUAGGGCGGAAUUUGUGAAGAAAGGUUCGUACUGGUCUGCUGUAUCGGAGUCUAGCCCAAUCAUCGUGCAGUGGCUGAUCUAUGUUAUUCUACAGAAGUCGAAGCAUUGUAAGAUUAACCCUUCCCCCGCUUACCAGCAAUGA